AUGACACAAAAAAAUAACAUUCCUCCUUAUGGAGAAGAACAAAUUAUUAACCAAGAACAAUUGUCCAUCCAAGAAAUCUUGGCUCAAUUUCAACAACCAAUACCUAAUAAUUUUAUUCCAAUAGAGACGGAACACAUAUGUUCGACCAAGUCAAAAUGGGAUAAACCUUUAUCAGAAAGAUAUGAUCCGACUGUUUUAACUCGUCCAGAAACUUAUAAGGGAAUUACUAUUGAAAACGAG